AUUGUUGUAUGAGAUUUUUCUGAAGUCGCCAAAAUGGUGUUAGCAGACCUUGGAAGAAAAAUAACGUCAGCAUUACGCUCGCUGAGCAAUGCUACAAUUAUCAAUGAAGAGGUUUUAAAUGCUAUGCUAAAAGAAGUAUGUACUGCACUACUAGAAGCUGACGUAAACAUUAAGUUAGUGAAACAGCUGAGAGAAAAUGUCAAGUCUGCUAUUGAUCUUGAAGAGAUGGCAUCUGGCCUUAACAAAAGGAAAAUGAUUCAGCAUGCUGUCUUUAAAGAACUCGUCAAGCUUGUAGAUCCUGGAGUCAAAGCCUGGACACCAACUAAAGGAAAACAAAACAUUAUAAUGUUUGUUGGUCUGCAGGGAAGUGGUAAAACAACAACGUGUUCAAAGUUAGCCUACUAUUACCAGAGGAAAGGUUGGAAGACAUGUUUAAUAUGUGCAGAUACAUACAGAGCAGGUGCUUUUGACCAGCUAAAACAGAAUGCAACAAAAGCAAGAAUUCCAUUUUAUGGGAGUUACACAGAAAUGGAUCCUGUGAUUAUUGCUUCAGAAGGUGUUGAGAAAUUUAAGAAUGAAAACUUUGAGAUAAUCAUUGUUGAUACAAGUGGGCGUCACAAACAGGAAGACUCGUUGUUUGAAGAAAUGUUACAAGUUGCCAAUGCCAUACAACCAGAUAACAUUGUUUAUGUGAUGGAUGCCUCCAUUGGUCAAGCUUGUGAAGCUCAGGCAAAAGCUUUCAAAGAUAAAGUCGAUGUAGCCUCUGUUAUUGUGACAAAACUUGAUGGCCAUGCAAAAGGAGGUGGCGCUCUCAGUGCAGUUGCUGCCACAAAAAGUCCUAUUAUUUUUAUUGGUACUGGAGAGCACAUAGAUGACUUUGAGCCAUUCAAAACACAACCUUUUAUCAGCAAACUCCUUGGUAUGGGUGAUAUUGAAGGAUUGAUUGAUAAAGUAAAUGAGUUAAAGUUGGAUGAUAACGAGGCACUCAUAGAGAAGUUGAAACACGGACAGUUUACAUUGAGAGAUAUGUAUGAACAAUUCCAAAACAUCAUGAAAAUGGGACCUUUCAGUCAGAUCUUGGGUAUGAUCCCUGGUUUUGGAACAGAUUUUAUGAGUAAAGGCAAUGAACAAGAAUCAAUGGCAAGGCUAAAGAAAUUGAUGACUAUAAUGGACAGCAUGAAUGAUCAAGAACUAGAUAGUACAGAUGGUGCAAAGGUUUUCAGUAAACAACCAGGAAGAAUCCAAAGAGUAGCAAGAGGCUCAGGUGUUUCUACUAGAGAUGUUCAGGAGCUUUUGACGCAGUACACAAAGUUUGCACAGAUGGUGAAAAAGAUGGGAGGUAUCAAGGGACUUUUCAAAGGAGGUGACAUGUCAAAGAAUGUAAAUCCAUCUCAAAUGGCAAAACUGAACCACCAGAUGGCAAAGAUGAUGGAUCCGAGAGUUCUUCAUCACAUGGGUGGCAUGGCAGGAUUGCAGUCAAUGAUGAGACAGUUUCAACAAGGUGCUGCUGGAAACAUGAAAGGCAUGAUGGGAUUCAAUAAUAUGUAAAGAAGCCUUAAUAAAAACUGACUUGGUUGAUGACAA